AUGGAUGUUAUUCUCAGUGUAUAUCCCGCCUCAGUAUCAUCCAAAGAUGGCAGCGUUCAAAAUCAAAUUAAGCUUAACAUUAAGAAGGAACGGAGCGGAUUCUUCGGAAAAGUGAUUCGAAUUCUCCUGGUAUUCAACUAUUUAAUUGGAACCUUCGUCUCCUCCGUUCAGUUCCUACGCGACAGCGCUAUUUACACUGAAGACGGUCAUUCCCUCUACCACUUGUGUCUGUGGAGCAGCUGGCUAUUUUUAAGCAUUGGAUUUGGCAUUUGUCUUUGUGGUUUCUUCUGCAAGUGCAGUCGCGUUGCCGUUGACAUCACGCCCGCAGCCCUCGACGCCUUCUUCUAUGGAGAAGGCUCACCCGAAGAUGACCUCGUAUCUGGUUACCUUAAGAGCGAACAAAGGAACAAUGUGCUUCUUGGCAAUAUCGCGGUAAUUCAAGGUCUGGAGGAUGAAGCUACUCUCGUCGCUCCACUAAAAGUACUAGUAUUCGGACUCGCUGGAUUGCUCCUUAUUCACAUCGACUCAGCGACGUCUUCUAAAAAAGUUCCAGAUGACAGUCUUGUUUUGAUGAUUUAG